GGCUGAGUACAUUGACUCUUCAACACAACUUUCAAAACGCAAAAGUUUACACUUAAGACUUUUGCUCAUUCUGACUUGGUCUUUCCGACACGGCUGAGAGCCUACAGAAGACUCUACAGGCCUGUCAAAAGUUAUCCUUUUGACUGUUUUGUAUUAACUUGUGAGCUUGCUGAUAAUCAAGAUGGCCGGAGACAAGAGCGCGAAGGAGACAAAGAAGGCCGCAGGUGACGCACCUAAGACAAAGGCCAAGCGAAAGGACGAGGGCAAGGAGGAGGCCGAGCGCCCCAAGAAGGCUCCCAAGGCCGAGAAAGCCGCAACUGCGCCCAAGGCCAAGGCUGAGCCCGCCGCUAAGAAGGGCAAGAAGGCCGCUGAGGAGGGUGGCAAGGCCAAGAAGGAGAAGAAGGUCAAGGAUCCAAACGCACCAAAGAAGAACCUUACAGCCUUCAUGUACUUCUCGAAUGCGCAGCGCGACAAAGUCAAGACAGACAACCCCGGGGUUUCAUUCGGUGAAGUCGGCAAGCUUCUCGGCGAGAAGUGGAAGUCGUUGGGUGCCAACGAGAAGUCUGAGUACGAGGAGAAGGCCAAAAAGGACAAGGAGCGGUACGCGAAGGAGAUGGAGGCAUACAAGGAGAAGGGUGGGGAAGGCGCUGCUGCACCCGCAGCAAAGCCGAAGGCUAAGGCUAAGCCGCCCCCUCCCAAGAAGGAGGAGGAGGAUGAAGAUGAGGACGACGACGGAGAUGACGGAGAAAGUGGCGAGGAUGAGGUCAUUGACGAUGAGUGAAUGUGAUGAUGAGUGAACUUCCCGGCCCCCUGCCGAAAUUGGGGUGCGCUAGCGAAAAACUGCCUUGAAUUUUGCCGUUGGUCUAUUUGUAAUGCAUGGAGAGUGCGAUACCCUGUUGUUACUGUAUGAUUGGUGUCUGCGAUAAGUGGGGAUAGAACUGAUGCUUCAAGACUUGACGGGUGUUACGCUGUUCCGGAGAUGCCGUUUCUGAUGACAUUUCCAACCAACGUUUUGCCUGACUGGACGAAGACAGCAGGAGUGCAUGGUGCUUCUCCCAACCGGAUGCAAGCGCACGGUCCAGACCUUGACCUAUGAAGACCUACCUGUGGUGAUUGUUGUUUGGACUUGCUCGGACACGCGGGCGAUAAAUCUGACUUUUGAGACUUCUUGUGCGCUGCAUGUCUUGGAACCGCCUCUCAUAGAAUACAUCUGUCAAAUGCGAGCACAACGCAUGACUUCUGAAAAAUCACUGGUUACUUCGACUAUCGCCGGCUAUUAAUGUAAAGAAAUCUUUCAUG